AUGAACCAGGAGAGAAGGAGAAAAGGGAAGAGAGAUGAAGGAAGGGAGCGAGAGAUGGAGAUGGAGGAACACAUGGGAAAGAGAGAGGGUGAGAUAGAAAGACAACAAGAAAGAUUGGAGAGAGGAGAGAGGGAUAGACUGAUGAUUCCUCAAAGGCCAUUGGAGAGCAUGAAUGAUCGUUUCAUUUGCUCUCCUCCGUGAAAAAUUGAUUAUUCGGUCAGAUUUGCCUUUUCAUGUGGUGUUUUUCUGUUUACAUUUACAGUUUGGCAGCCAGUCUGUCUGUUUGGCCAGAGUCUAAAGUCCUGUCCUUUUCUGUGAAAGAGUUACUAAGCUGUACUGUGUGAAAAGCUAGCCUCAGUCCUCUGCUCCUCAGGAGAGCUGCACACUACAGUUAUCUACCAUUCCUCUCUUCUUUAAUUUUAUCUGUAUCCAUCCAACCAACCCCUCCUUCUCUAAUUUUACCAUACCUACCCUCGCGUUCUUCUUUUGUCUGAUCGUCUACUCUUCAUUCAUUUGACCAUAUCUUCUAUUCCUUUCAUUCUACCAUGCCCAUAUCUCACCCUCUCAGCCCUGUGCGCCUCUGGCGUUGACAUUUGAAACAGUGUUGAAGUAUUUCUGCUGGGCCAUAGACGUGGCUGCCGCUGUUUGGCGUGUGGUUAUUGUUUUGCGUGAAGGCACAGGGCUGUGUAUGUCUCUAUGUCCCUGGAUGUCUCUGUAUGACUGUGUGUACCCCUUUAUGGCUGUGUAUGUAGCACUGCAGGAUUAUCCCCUGGUUAAGACCCUGUGUCUGACUGAACAGGCCUGACUGCUGCCUGCAGAUUACCCAGCAGCACGGAGAACAAAACACACACUCUGGGAAGAGAGGACAUAGGCCAGAACACCAGACAGGAGAAAGAAGGGAUAUAAAGAGAAUAAUAGAAGAUGAGGGGUGGAAACGAGAGAACGGUUGGAGAUGGUGAAUGAAGAGAGAUGAAGAAAGAAUGAAUUAAAAGAGAGAGAGGUUAGGUGUAGUAAAACAAGAGAACAAGGCAAAUGAAUUAUAUGGUAAAGUAGAGGGGGAUGAGAUGUUAAAGAUGAAGAUAUAAAGAGAGGAAGGAGAAGAGAGGUAUAUAUUGACAGUGUUUUGGUAUGAGCUGAAGGAGGGGCUAGAUACAGGAGGUGAAGUGAUAGACACGAUAGAGGGAUGGAUGAAAGGGUAGAAGGUUAGAGAUUGGGGAGAGUUAUCUAUGAGACACCAGAGUCAGGGUGGUUGGGCUGUGACCGCUACAGAGAGAGACAGCUUUCACCAGACCGUCAAUUCUGCCUCCAUUCCCUUAAGAGUACCAUGAACAAUUGUCAAAUUAAAUCCUACUAACACACACUCUAUCUCUCUGCUACAUACUCACUCACCCUCCCACCAAAACCACCGGCUAUAAUUUGGCUGUGGCCACAUGCCCAUCAAUAACAUGUACACAAACCCACACACACUCUUACAAGCACAAAUACACAUGUACCCUUACUAUAUGCUCCCUUCUGUUUGUGGUAGACUGCUGGCCUAGUGCGUUUACACACACACACACACACACACACACACACACACACACACACACACACACACAUCCAUCCAACAGUAGCAUGACACACCCUCCUUGAUGCAUCCCUGUUCUUGCUUGUGGCCAGCAGGUGUCACAUCAGAGGUGACUUGGCACAUACAGUGCUGUUGGUAGCUGUCCAACCUGUCACCUCCGCCACACACACAGCUGCUCUCCUGCCUCACUUUCUCUGACAGCCUGGCAGGAAGCUGCUGGCAGUACAACACGCACUCCCCCACUGCCCCCCUCCUUCCCGCACACACAUACACACACAUACACACAUACACACACAUACACACCUAUACACACACAUACACAUACACCCAUACACACCUAUACACACUCGCACCCUGGAAAUAUAACAGUAGAUAUACUUGUCCCUCUCUGGCCUCCCAUUAUCGGUGAAAGAGAGGUAUUAGGGGUAGCCGGACGCCAAGUUAAGGGCACAUGGUUUGCCACGAGUGUUGGGAGAGAAGAGCGCUAGUUCCCUUUCCCUCUCCCUCUCUCUCUCCCUCUCACUCUCCAUCUCUCUCUCUCUCUCUCUCUCUCUCUCUCUCUCUCUCUCUCUCUCUCUCUCUCUCUCUCUCUCUCUCUCUCUCUCCACAUUGAGUCUGUGCCUAGACAACACUGAGUUAAUCCAUGCCUUUAAUUUGCUCUAAUCAGAACAGUGAAAUCACCUCUUUAUUCCUGUGUCCUGGAGAGUGUGUGUGUGUGGGUGUGCACAUGCAUGUGUGGUGUGUGUUUGCGUGCCUGCGUGGUCUGUGUGUGUGCCUAUGUAUGUCUGUCUGUCCCAGUGUCUGUGUGUUGGGUGUAUAGUUAAUCGCAUACACACAGAGACACAGACAUACAUACACUGGGCAUCGGAUCCCUAUAAGGACUCACUGUGGGAGAAGUAGGUAAGUGGGCAAGUUUAGAGAACAGAGGGAGGGGUGUCAGGGGAGGGGAGUUAGAAGUUAACCAGGAGAGCAUGAAGAGGAAAUCCUGUUGACUGAAGGAGAGGAGAGGAAGAGAGGGGAGGAGAAGAAGAGAGGGGGGCGGGGCUGAGGGAGAGAGGGGGGGGACCCAUCUUGGGUUGCAGGUUUAGGUCAGGUGGGGUCUGCUGAGUUCUGUCUGUGUCGGGGAGCAUGGUCGACGCUGAGAGGAAGUAGACCAUGAGACAACCGCUGCGUGAAACCAUGGUGAUCGCCAGAAACAAGUGCCGCUAGGGCAAUUACCGUAACAACCAUAGUCAUGCAAGGGCCGGUUAGUCCAACACGAGUCGUUAUGCUCAAUGAUCACAUGUUAGGUCAUGGUACUGAUUCUGGAUCAGUAUGCAGGUGAGAUUCAUGCUGCCCACAUUUACAUUAACUCUUAAUAAUGGGGUUGUCGCUACGCUGAAUACCUGGGAUACGACUGCAGAGGAAAUAUAAUUGUCAGAUCUGUCUCUCUCUUUCUCUCUCUCCCUCCCUCUUUCUCUGUCUUGAUGGACGCAUCUCUUCAUCAGCAUAUGGUCAGCGUUCCCUCUCUAACUCUGUACAUGUGAUGGUCAUCUCUCUGUGUCUCCUUUCUCCACUCCUGAAUCUCUUAUUAGUUUUUGUUUGAAGGGCCAGGUACCGCAGGUCUGUAGGUCUGUAGGUCUGUAGUCGUUCUUUGUCUCUGAUAUUGCUACGACUUCUACUGGCGGACAUACACAUAUAACUCAUUCACAGACUUAUUGUCCAAAGCUCUGCAAUUUAACAGCAGGAAAUAACAGUGUCAGAGGAGAGUGGGGCUUUGAGUUGUGGAGAUACUGUAUGGCGUGUGGAUGAAGAAUGUACCUGUUAGCUGUGUAGUGGAGCUGGAGCAGUAAAGAGACAUGGUGAGCAGGAGAGAGUUGAGAGAGAGAGAGAUUUCUUCUCUGGUGUUGAUGGUGAAUAUCAAUGAUCUUGUGCAGGUUCCUCUCCUCUUCCUCUCCUCCACCCCCUCUCGCCUACUCAUUCCUUCCUCUCAUCUUUUCAUCUUACCCUCCUCAUCUCUCAUCCUCCCCCUCUUCUCCCCUGUCCCAUUUAUUCCUCUCCUCUCCUCUCCUCUCCUCUCCUCUCCUCUCCUCUCCUCUCCUCUCCUCUCCUCUCCUCUCCUCUCCUCUCCUCUCCUCUCCUCUCCUCUCCUCUCCUCUCCUCUCCUCUCCUCCUCCUCUCCCCUCUGUUCUUCAGUUUCUUGGCCUGGGUGAGGGAUGGUGUUACAUGGCCCAGCUAUCUCCAAAUAGCCCAUAAAUCACUGGUCUUGGCAUGGCCUGUAGAGUGAGGUCCAGCCAGGGCAGAGCUACUAACACAGGGGCACCACGCUCCCUCUCCCCUGCCUUCUCUCCCUCUCCUCUGCCUUCUCUCCCUCUCCUCUGCCUUCUCUCCCUCUCCUCCUCUCCACCUAUGCUUAUUUUUCUCAUUCUCUUAUUUCUUUUUUGUCCUCUCUCACUCCUGUCUGUGUCAGGGCAGGGCUAUUACCACUGGGGAUGCACCUUGCAUCUCUCCUCUCACUCCCCUACUUCACCUUUUCUCUUUUAUUUUAUCUGCCUCCCUUACACCUGUCCUCUCUCCUCCCUCACUCCUUCCCUAUCUUCCCCUGGAGACUUCCACAUACAGCUUUAGAUUGAACAGUCUUAUGUCACUCUCAUUCCUUAUCAGAGACAGACAGACCCACUGGGCCAAGCACACACCUGUCUGCACAGGGGACUCUGAGCACUGAAAUUCCAAAGCUAGUUUUCCCAUUAGUUCCAUAUUAGAGGGAUUGGGAUAGAAUUGAGAAAUAGUUGUGGUCUGUACAGCACCGAAUUUCAAAUGAACCCACAAUUGCGCCCAAGAAACGACCCCAUAAUGAUUGACAGCUAACCCUUGUUUAUACCGGAUCCACAAAAAAAACAGUCUCCCCAGUUCUAAACCACACAAAAGCAUGGCUGGCUUUAGCGAGGCAAACAAACGUGUUUAGGCUGGCCGGAUAUUGAAAGAGCAGCAGUCAAGUGAAAACACUCUGUCACCAUGAUGCAUGGUUUUCAUUUAUCCCUUCACUGAAUGUGAUUGUACUCACUUAUUACUAUUUAUUGCUCCAAAAUGCCUUUCUAUACAAUGAGAGUAUUUUUAGGUUACAAUGCUAAAGCAGGUUUUCUCCCCUCAGUUAAUCUGUGUGUGGGUGGGGAACGGGGAGUCAUAAUGCCAUGCUGUUAUUGAGCUGUAAUCCCUCUCUCUCUCUCUGCCAUUUCCCCUAUUAAAACGGAUAGAAGGGAUGAGGGAAUUCACCUCCCUGGAACAGGUGAUUUUAAGGAUAAGGAUCCAGCAUUACACACAUUAAAGGGGCUAGAAAUGGGAGGAGAAAAGGAAAGGGUAAAGAAGAGGGAGAGGAGGGAAAGAGAUGAGGGAGUACAGGGAGAGAGAGAGUGAAAGGAGGAGAACAGGAGGAGACAGAUGCUCCUCUUGGCAGCUGAGGACAGAUAGGCCAUCACAACCAUUUAAAUAUGUAUACAUCAUAUGCAAAUCAGAGUUAUUUAAAUAUGUAUGUAUCAUCUGCAAAUCACAGGGUGCUCUGACACAGCAGCCAGCCAUUCUGUCCACACACACACACACACAUACACACGGCAUUAAUGCGCAAUCAUGACAGUUUUAUUGUAAACGGGUAAAGAAAUGAUGCAUAUAAUUGUAUUUCCCGGGGGCGUCUUGUCCUACAGGGGCCCAGAGGCAUAUAGCUCUCUGAGUGUGUGUACAUGCCUUCAUAUGGGUGUGUACUCUCUUCGGUGGCUCAAGGAUGAGUGAUGGGUCAGGCACUGUUUUGGCCACCUCUCUCAGUGUGUCCUGCAUCUGUCAGGCGGCGUCAUGGCCACCUCACCCUCCGUCUCCUGUUAGGGGUCAUCUCCGUAGGGGAUGGAAUGAUUGAUCUGUCAGGCAGUUUGUUGGCCACCUCUCAGGUUCUCAUACCUAAGGAGUCCUCUCUCUGGUGGUGGGGAUCUCUCGGGCAAUACUGUGGCCACAUCUGUGUUUCUCCCGCUGCUGUCUUCUGUUCUAAUUGGAGCAGCAGGCUCACUAAGCAUACAUCCUAUGUCAGACUACUUCACCUCUCAGCAUAUGGUGCCUCUCUCCUUUUCUCUCUCUCUCUCUCUCUGUCUUCUCUGUAUGCUUCAUCUCUCAGCAUAUGAACAUCUCUCUACGUCUCCUCUAUCCACUCCUGAAUGUCUUAUUAGUUUUUGAUUGAAGGGCCAGGUCUGCAGGUUUACAGUCGUUUUUUGUCUCUGACAUUGCCACUACUUCUGCUGGACGCCAGAGAAAGUUAUCCAUACAUAUGAACACACAUACCCACACCCCCAUCCCCUCCUCCUCCUCCUCCUCCUCCUCCUCAUUUCCACCUCUCAUUCUUCUCUCCCUGUUCUGAGGCUGAGGCUGAACCACAUGCCCCAGCCCCAGCCCACAUCACCAACUAUACUCUCUGCUGGAAUGUGACCUCACCCCACAGGAUAACCAAUCAGAGUGGGCGUCACUUGACCUCACACACACACACUGGGCAAAGCUGAGAUAGGAGUGAUGAGGACCUAGCAUUAAGAUCAUGAAAUAAAAUAACACACAAUAACAAACAAUGCUUCAUGUUUUCUUCAUGCCACACUACUCCGCAGAACAACAGUAAUGAAUGUAGAGAGAAUCGUAUCUCUUUCUACUUUAUUUGUCUGAUGUUUAAGUGAUCUGAGGAGGUUGGAGAGAACUGCUUUCCGUAUCUCAGCUCCCAGGCAGAUUUAAUUCCUGUCUCAUUAGUUCAUAUUUUCCACUCCUUUGUUUCUCUUGCAUUCAAAUGUGGCAUCGAAGCAGUCUGCAUGUCUGUGUGUGUGAAUGCAAAUACUGGCAGAGUUUGUGGCUGAUGCCAAAUCUGUCUGCCAAGCCAAGCGGGCGCCUCAGGCAUGCCAAUCCACCGUGAGUAGAUACGCCGUGAGACGGCCUGAUCUGUCAGACAUUCCCCAAUUAUUCACUAGUACAGCACAGAGAAGGAAGGAUGGGAGAGAUAGCAAAGAGAGGGAUGAGUGGAAGAUGAGUGGGCAGAGAGAGUGACAGGAACCGGGGAUGGAGGGGGGGACAGGACAGGGAGGAGUAGUAGAUAAGAGGGAGUGGAGGAGAGAGAAAGUGGAGAGCUGGGAUGAGUGGAGAAUUAAUUAGGAAAUGAGAAACGUCUUGAGCUGCACUUAAGCUGCUAUAUCUGUUGAAUUUAAAAAAUAAACAUACAGACAUCAGUAUGGUGGAGGAGAACCAGUGAGGUCAUUCUAACUAGAUUAUCACUCUAACGUUCUCCUCUCUGUCUCCAGUCCAGUCCAUUACAUUCCCCCAGUGGAGAAACAGUGGUAAUAUCAGCCUCUGCACCUGGACUGUUACACCUGCGGUCUUCACUCUGGGUUGGCAGGUUACAUUAGAGUAUUGAGUUGUGCAUUAAACAACAUGUACAGUAUUCUAGCAAAAUGUAAAGCGCAUAGAAUUAAAAAGGUAUUGUCGGACAUUAUUCAUUCUAAUCAGACAGGUUUUUUACAUGGACGAUACAUUAGAGAUAAUAUAAGGCAAGUACUGGAAACAAUAGAACACUAUGAAAAUUCUGGGAAGCCAGGCCUACUAUUCAUAGCAGACUUCGAAAAGGCAUUUGAUAAAGUACGACUGGGGUUUAUAUAUAAAUGCCUGGAGCAUUUCAAUUUUGGACAAUCUCUUAUAAAUUGGGUUAAAAUCAUGUAUAGUAAUCCUAGAUGUAAAAUAGUAAAUAAUGGCUAUUUCUCAGAAAGUUUUAAACUGUCAAGAGGAGUGGUGCAGUGGUCUAAGGCACUGCAUCGUAGUGCUAGCUAUGCCACUAGAGAUCCACGACCGAGAGACCCAUGGGGCGGCGCACAAUUGGCCCAGCGUCGUCCAGGGUAGGGGAGGGAAUGGCCGGCAGGGAUGUAGCUCAGUUGGUAGAGCAUGGCGUUUGCAACACCAGGGUUGUGGGUUUGAUUCCCACGGGGGGCCAGUAUGAAAAAAAUAAAAUUAUGUAUGCACUCACUAACUGUAAGUCGCUCUGGAUAAGAGUGUCUGCUAAAUGUAAAUAUUAAAGCUGAUCUACCCUAAUAAUACAAUUAAAAUAAAUCAACAUGUAUCCUAUCUAUCUUCUACGUGUCAUAGAGUUAUCUUUAUUGGUUGAACACUUAGCAGUGAGAUGGACAGAAUGUCCUGGAGUCUGGGUUAGUCGGCAGAACAGAGUAGAACGUAUUGUAUUAUCUCUGACACACACACACACUCCCCUUAUGAAUGUGAACAAUGUUAACUCCUACACUGUGGUCGUGUCACUAGCCGGGAAUUGCAAGCUUCUGUUAGACUUAAAACUGUCUCACUGCCUUACUCCCUCAGUAGUUGAUUCUCUCUCUCUCGCUCUCUCUCUCUCUCACACGCACACGCACACACUCAUGUUCGUACACUCACACACUCUGAUCUGAACUGAUUCUGUCACCGGAGCAAAGUUUGAAAGUGCAGUUCGAAACAUUGAUUUUCCAGUAAAUUGGUGUUCAGGUUCUUAUGGGCUCAAGUGCCGUAGAAUAGGAGAUACAGUAGUUCAGACACCUAUCACAACUCUAGACAUGAAGUUAUACUUAGAAGACCUGCAUAGGCUACAAUACUGGGCUGUAAUUCUCUGGCCAGAUAAUCCAACUAUUCUGUAAAAACUCUAUUACGUAGAGAUUUGAUUUCAGAGAGAGAAGUUAGACACUCAAAGCUCUGUUGUGGUAGUCAGGUCUGCUUUACUCAUUCGGUAACUGUAGAAUGUAGAGACUGUAAGGUAGCCUGUAAUGUCGAACACACAGUAACAGGAUCUGUGGACCUGCUGUAGGAUUCCAGCCAAGCCUCUUUAUAAGAUUGUGUGCGUGUUUCAUGUGUGCGUGCGUGUGUGCGUCGCUGUGUCUGUGGGUGUUUGGAAGAGAGUGUGACACAACAUUGCUCAAGCUCAAAUUACCUAGCAGCUGCCAUCCCAAGUCACCCUACUGUCAAAGCAUACCCCUGACUGGGGACAUCUCAAACACAAGCAAACACACACACACACACACACACACACACACACACACACUAGCCUCUCUGAGGUAUCCUUCAGACAGCGGUCCCUGCCCACGGCAGUUUUAGGGAAAUGAAUGAGCUCUUACUAUUCUGCAUCACCUUCCUGUGUGCUGCGGCCCCAGGGAAGACCAGAUUAACACACAGAGAUGGAGAUCGCUCAAUCACCAUGGUUACGCAGAUGGGCCCCAGAGAGAGGCCGGCCAACGCCAAGGUUGGACGAGAGACGCACACAUGCGCAAACAAACACACACUCUUUCUCGUUUGGUCAUGUCUGCUCGAGUGGGUUUGUCGUUCCACUUUUUCUGUCUUGUGAUAUUGGUGAAGGUGAUUUCAACAAGUGGAGAGCAGGGAGAGGUUGUGUGGGGGGAUGUGUAGCGGGGGGGAAUGUGUAUGUGAGGGUCGCUCCUUCAAAAGACAGCCCCUUUGCAGCCCCUAACCUAACACCAUGCUGUGUAUCUAUCUGUACCUUUAUGACACUUAUCAUCUGGACUACAACAGCACUGCAGAUAGAAAACCCCUCUCUCCUCUAUAAAGUUUCAUCAGGGAAUACAAAAUAGUAAUAAUACAUUUCCUAAACUAACACUCGCACUUUACUUUUUUCCCCCUUACUAGCUCUGACUUUGCUGAAAGCUACUUUGAGGAAAAAUGUACUUACUAUGACUGUGAUAUGUGGUUGUCCCACUUAGCUAUCUUAAGAUGAAUGCACUAAGUCACUCUGGAGAAUCUGCUAAAUGACUAAAAUGUCAAAUUAAUAGAGAUAUCACAAAAGUGAAAUAUGCCCCAACUAUAUAGAAUAGACUGUAUAUGGUUAAUAUCCGCGGAAACAGACCAGGAAUAUAUCAUUUUGAAGACUGUGUGUGUGUGAGAGAGCGAGCGAGAGCGAGACAGAGGGGGAGAGAGGGUGUGUCUGCAUAUGUGUGUGGGAUUACUUUUCCAUCUCGUUCUUUCACCUCUGUUACGCCCACGGGGCUCUCUCUCUCUCCCUGCGUCCGUUGUGUCCCAGGGGCAUGCGUUGUCGUCCCUCCCCUCUCUCAGGGAUCUCCAGCCUGACAACCGUGUAGCCAGUCCUCCCUGGGGGGCUGGGGGCUCGGCUACUUUAGCAGCCUCAGAGGGUUCCCUUUUAGGGUGGGGAGAGGAGAGAUCACAAUACCUUACCACAAUUCAUCAACUUUCUCAAUAGUUGUCAAUUUCUUACAUACAGACAUGCUCACAGACCUACAGACAGACAAAUAUGGUUUCUCUGCUGUAACAGUGAGAGGGCAGUGUCGGUUGCCAUGACGCUGUGACCAGCUCCUCUCUGUAGGGGUGAUAUAAUGAGUGGGGCGGUGAGGCGGUGCGGGGCAGGGCGGUGGUCUGCAUUAACAGUGACACCAGAUGAGACCCUGUGGUGGCUGAAGAGACUGAAGGCUACUGUAGACCUUGCUGUAGACACUGCUAUUCUUGGUACUGAAGAUCCUCACCACUCUACAAACACUGUAACACUAUCCAUUAUGUGUACAGGGAGAGUGAGGAGGAAAAGCAGGGACGAAUGGAGGUAAAAUAAAGGAAACAAGUGAUAAACAAUAAAAAUAUAAUUUGAAUGGCUUAGUACAGUAGUGUAUUCCUGGUAUGUUACUGUGUGUUACUAGUUGAAUCUACUGGCCCACACGUCAGAUUGCUCAUUCACUACAGGGCUGUGAGGGUGCGGCGUCUGUGUACAGAUGUAGGUUCUUAAUUUGAUCACUCUUUUGUUGCUGAGAAUUGUCCUGCAAAGCAGGAGAUGCAAACUUGUAGUGUGUCCAAGGUUUAAAAAGGCUUCAAAAGUUGUGUAAUUUCCACUUUAAAUGUCAGACUUGAUUUGCCUUAAUGAAAAAUGUAUCAAUCCCAACAAAAAAAUCCCAUUAAUUAAUAAUCCACAUAAUAAUUAACAUUACCUGUUGCUGCAGGUGUCACGUCUCCUCCCGUUGCUCCCCUCCGGCGCUCUGAUUCGCCGGUCUACUGAGCCACCGGUCUGAGCGCACCACCUCGGCAACACCGGAAUGGAAACCCAACGCACCCUAAUCACCUGAAGCUCACCUGCACCUCAUCAUCUCAUCACCACCCCUAUUUAGCCCUGGACUGUUCUGGAUGAUGUUGUGUGUGAUUGUUAAGCUUCGUGUCGUUUACGCUAUCGUUGUUAUUUCUCUUUGUCAUUGUUAAGUAAACCUUGACCUUGUUAAGUCCUGCGUCUGCGUCCUGCCUCUUCGUAUACUCAGUACUCGUCACAGCAGGAUUAUUUUCAUGCUGUAGCAAACUGGCUCAAAUGAAGAUCCUACGUCUUCAUUUCUACGUGUGUAAUCUGUUGCACACCAAAUGGCUCUCGCUAUAUUGGAAUGGAGGGGGCAGCAGUGUAGUCGGCAGGAUAUGACUGCGCUACCAGACAAAACCAGUCAAGUGCAAAACUAAUCCACCAACCAUUUGUUCUGAGUGUGACCGAUGCAGUCUGCGGCCAGCGUGGGAGGUAUAAUUGCUCUGUGUUAUUAGGAUUAGCAUAGUUAUUGUUCCUCAUAGAGACAGUGAAGGCUUUCAUAACCCAUAAUAUAGUGGUGUGUUCUCUCUCUCUCUAGGAUGUUUUAGAUUGCACAGGCACAGCAAUAAUUGAAUGAAAACAGUGUUAGUGUGUGUUUUAGUUAUUUUUUAUUUAACCUUUAUUUAACUAGGCAAGUGUGUGUGUGUCCAACGUCAGUAGCCUAACUGAAUUUUAUUAGCAGUAAGCUGUUUGUGUUCUUCUGUGGAUGCAUAGAUAAUGCACAGUAUGUCUUGGUCAGCAGCCUUUCUGUCUGAGCAUAUUAUGAGCCUGCUGUUGUGGGUGAUUGUCUAUGAGGGGGAGGUUGAGGAGGAAUGUCUGAGGCAGGUCUUAAUUACACUGGGUUAGGGUCAGGUAUUAGCAUAGAGGUGAGACCAGACAGCAUUACAUUAGCAUGGGUUUUACUAUCAUUAUACUCAGGCAAUCUGUGAGAUGUACGUGAGAUGAAAAUCUAGAGGUAUCUUUGUGGGUUAUAGGCUAUACUGUGUGCAUUGGUAAGGUUUUACUGCUACCUUCCCCUCCCUGCCCCUCAAACCAAAGGGACUGUGUCAUUAAAAUGUUAAUGAGUUUGAUCAGUUUAAUAAUGUCACCAGACACAUUUUCAUAUGUAAUAUAAUGCUGACAUGAAUACAGUCACUGUUUAUGCUAAUGAGGAGCUUUUUGGCUCUUCUUUUCAAAGGGGCCUUUUUUUUACAGCAGUGGUCAUGAAUUUCUUAUCUUUGUCCAUCACGCCUUCCCUCUCUCUCUCCCCAUUCAACUCUUCCACUUAUUCUCUCUCACCCUCACCCAAAUCAAAUCAAAUCAAGCAUUAUUUAUAGAGCACAUUUCUGACAUGGAAUGCAACACAAUGUGCUUCACAGAAGAAAAGUAAACAUUUAAAAGAAUAUAUAUAAAAACGUUCAUAUUUACUACACAACAAACAUAAGAGGAUAAAAAACUAAAGAAUAACAAUCAAAACUGAACGACUAAAAAGCACCCUAAGGAAAAGCAAAGCUAAAAUGUUGUAUUUUAAGAUCUCUUUUUUUAAAUUUCAGUUUCGGCCCCCCUCAGGUUCUCUGGCAGGCCAUUCCAGAGGCUGAGGGCAUAGUAACUAAAGGCUGCCUCUCCAUGCCUCUUGGUCCUAGGCUUUGGGAUAUUUAAAAGGCCAGAGGACCUGAGGGACCUACUGGGUACAUAACUUAAAAGCAUAUCUGACAUGUAUUGGGGUGCACAAUCGUGGAUUGAUUUAAAAACCAAUAGAAUAAUCUUAAAAUUAAUUCUAUAACUCACAGGCAGCCAGUGCAGAGAACUUAAAACCAGUGUAAUGUGUGCUCUCCGUCUGGUCUUGGUCAGUACCCGUGCUGCAGUAUUCUGUAUGUUUUGCAGUUGACAAUUGCUUUCUUGGAUAGACCAGACAGAAGAGCAUUAUAGUAGUCAAACCUGCUUGUAAUAAAAGCAUGGAUGAGUCUCUCUGUAUCAGCCUGAGAGAGAAACGGCUGCACCUUGGCAAUGUUCCUCAGGUGGUAAAAAGCUAUUUUGGUCAUAUUCCUGAUGUGUGAUUCGAAACUAAGUUCAGAAUUUAAAUUACAACUAGGUUUUUUACCUGGUGUUUUAUCUUUUAUUGCCUGUAUUGAAUUAAAAUUACUGAAUUAAAAUGUGUGGCCAGAUUCUCUCUCUAUGCUUUGGCUCCAACAGUAAGUACCUCAGUCUUGUCUUGAUUUAGCUGGAGGAAGUUGUGAGCCAUCCAAGUAUUUAAAUCACUAAUACAGUCUAAUAAUUUAUCCAUGGAGUUAAAUCCUCAUGGUCAACAGUGUCUUGCUUGACUGAUAACCAACCUAAUGUUUGUUAUCUUAUCUCUGAGAUAUGCUGCAAACUCAUAACAUUUAGAUGUGGAGGAAAGAUCACAUAGGUUUGCAGGGGUAGGAUUUAUCAGGCCAUCAAUGGUCGAGAAGAGCACUCUCGAAUUAUUCUGAUUAUUAGUGAUCAAGUUAGAAAAAUUAGCCCGUCUGGCAUUUCUAAUUGCCUUGUAAUAAAUGCCAAGUUUCUCUCUCAGAAUAUCAUAAUGGACCUGCAACUUUGACUUUCUCCAUUUCCGCUUUGCCUUUCUGCAAUUUCUCUUUAAUUGAUUAGUUUCCUCACUCAUCCAAGGGGCUCUCUGUUUGGAUGUGACCUUUUUCAACUUUACUGGAGCUAUGGCAUCAAUGAUUGCCCUUAAUUUGCUAUUAACGUUAUCAACUAAAUCAUUACAAGAGGAAGGCAGAAUAGGUGAUGGAGUAUUGUUCAUACACUCAAUAAAAUCUGUAGCAACUUCAGAGGUAAGAUAGCAUUUCUGUAGCUCAGUUGGUAGAGCAUGGCGCUUGCAACGCCAAGGUUGUGGGUUUGUUUCCCACAGGGGGCCAGUAUGAAAAUGUAUGCACUCGCUAACUGUAAGUCGCUCUGGAUAAGAGCAUCUGCUAAAUGACUAAAAUGUAAAAUAGAGGAUAUGUCGAUAGAAAGUCCCUUGGUAAUAAUCAAGUCCAGAGUAUGGUCGUGGUUAUGGGUGGGCCCAGUAACAUGUUGGAUAAAGUCCAUAGAGCUCAAAAGAUUCCGAAAUUCAAUGGCCUUGGAGUCAGUCUCUUUGUCAACAUGAAUAUUAAAAUCACCCAACACAAUAAUUGUAUCAUAGUUCUCAAGGACAAUAGACAAUAGUUCAGAGAAAUCAGUAAAGAAAGUGGGGCAGUGCUUUGGUGGCCUAUAUAGGGUUAUGGCCAGCACUGGUGGCUGAUAUUUGAGCAGUAUCGCAUGAUGCUCAAAAGACCCAAAGUCGCCAAAUGAAAUGUCCUUACAGCUGAGAGCAUUAGUAAAAAUAGAGGCUGUCCCCCCACCCCUUUUCCCUUUUCUGAUAGAGUAUGAAAAUAUGUAGUCCGGGGGGAGGUUUCAAUAAGAGUGGCACUACGGUCUGAAGACAGCCAUGUUUCAGUGAGAAACAUGCAAUCAACUUUGCGCUCAGUAAUGAGGUCAUUGACGAGAAUUACUAGUGAUUGCUCUAACAUUUAAAAGUGCCAUAUUCAAUGAGUGUGGGCCACUCUGCCCCUGGGACAUCUGCCUAGGGGUAACCAAUUAAAUAACAACCAAAUUAUUAACGUUACAACCACGUUUUCUGACAGUCUCCAAUCUAUCAGAAUGGUAGGAGAUGACAGUUUGUAUAAACUCACUAGAAGGUGGAAUUAAAGGAACAUAAAUUAGGUUACUCACAAUAACCAUAGCGCCUUUUCAAUAGGAGUUUAUUUGGUUUACAAGUCCUCUAUUGCUUAUUCUUACAGGGAGAACUGGAGCACUACCAGACCUUGUCUGUCAGUCUCUAAAACUGUUUGCAAUCUUGCUGGAAAUAAUCCUGGAACCCCUGCGUUUAGGGUGAAUCCCGUCUCUUUUAAAAUGUGCUGGUUGCUCCCACAGCAAAUCAAAGUUGUCACAAAAAGAGACAUUCCUGUCGUUGCAAAGUUUUUUCAGGUACUCGUUUAGCGCAAAGAGUCGGCUGAAACGUUCCGAACCCCUUCGGUAGCACAAAAUGGGGCCAGAGAUAAUUAUUCUCUUCCCUGUACUAGCGAGGGUCUUUAAACAUUUUUUGUAGUUCUCCUUCAGGUCCUUAGAUCACCUAAAACGAAGGUUGUUAAAACCUACGUGGGUGACGAUGGUGUCAAUAUUGGAGUAGUUGGCCAGAACAGUGGGCAGGAGGGCGCUGAUGUCAUGGACACUGGCUCCUGGGUGACACUGGACCUUGGUCUGUCCACAGACCGUAGGCAGGCCAAAAUCUCUCACCAUCGAGCUGCCCACAAUGAUGGUGGUAGUGAUGGAAUCCGAUGGGGAAACAACCUGCUGAACUGUGGUGGCCGUGGGGGAGGGUGCCACUGGGCAGCCUCCCCCACUCCCGGGGCUGGUAGGUCCGUCUCAAGCGAGGCCAAGCUGUUUGAUAGCUGGAACGGAUCUUCUCCGAUAGAUGGGUGGCCAGACUGCCUCCCAGAUCUCCUACACCUUGUGAGUGUCCAGUCUCACAUGGGUCGCGGAUUUGAGCUUAACAUCUGUCCAUUGGAUUGGGACAGAUCAAUGCCGCCUGACUCAUCGACAGCUUCGCUAUAGGAGGCAUUUCAAACUGAGAUUCGGUUUGCCUGGGUUACAGCAAGGUUGGUGUACAUGAAAACCAGGUUUUCCUUUUCUCGCAGCCGAGCUAACAGCUGGAGGAUCUCUUCCCUAAGAUGCUUGAUGGUGAUGCAUUGAAGGCAGACAAAUCCCUGUUCCUUUUUUCAGUUCCACCUUAUCUUCAUCUUGUGAUUGUGUGAAAAUCAUCUCACACCUGAAGCAUUUGUGCCCAGCGGUGGAUAAAAACUCUGGUGGGCUAGCACUGCUAGCAUUAGCCUGCUCCAUUUUCAUGAUGGCUAGCAGCAACCUGCUACUUAACAGUAAUCCAGGACACUAACUUGCGGCCCCAGCUGUAAAGGUUGACCGCGUUGCGGAAUUAGUAGCAAUACAAACUUUAGCUAUGAUUAAAAACGAUUUCAUUAAAACGAUUUCAUAAAAACAACAAACCGAGUGUAGGCAGUACACUGUUCUGUUGCACGCUCUGACCCAGACUCAGACACAUGGCCAUCUCCCAUCUGAUUGGUUUCAUUGUGGUUUGCAUUCUUUCUGAGGGACUGUAAUGUGAAACAAUAGGGCCUGUUUCUCUCUCUCCCUUAGUUGUGAUGCAGUGGUCUGUAUGUGUCUGUGUUGCUGUGACAGUCCUGUCUCUCCCAGCCAGACGCUGCCCUGGACAGGCUGAGCUGGGCUGGCGUGCUCUCUCCCCCCUGCAGUAACUGUUUUGUUUGUACACUGUGAUGUCUACAGACCUUAAUAUGUUGUAGUGUGCCACAUCAUCUGUUUGUGUGUGUGUGUGUGUGUGCGCGUGUGUGGGGACACAGUAUGACAGAGUGGGUACGUGCAUCUGUGUACCCCUUGAUACACGCAGGACGGUCAGUGGGAGGUCAAUAUUUUGUACCCUGGUCAUGUUCCACUCCCACCCCAAUCACAAUUACAGCCCGAUGGAAAUAAAUAAUAACCGCUUUACUGGAGUUAGUUAGUGCAAUGCUAAUGUAUCCCAGGAGUACCCCUGAUCCAGCUAGCGUGGUGCACCAUGAAACAGGCUCAUUAACUGUGUGUUUCAGGGAGGGUUGGCUCGUUUUAGCUAGCGAUCUCCUUUCCAUUGGCUCUUAGACCUUGAUCGAUUUGACUUGGGAUUGUUCACCUGAGUAUGUCCCAGAGGAGAGUGCGUGUGUGCGCGUGCGUGUGUGUGUGCGGGCACGCGUGUGCCAUGUGUCCCCACACCUGCGUUUUCUGCAUGCAGUGACCCUCAUCCAUUACCAAUUAGUGAGUGAUCAAUAGGUUGUUGUUGUGAUGCGGUGGGAUUAGUCAAAUGACAUUUCCCUGGCAGGGAUCACGCUGACCCCUCCCUCCCUGGAUAAGUGACCUUAUUGUUCUAAUUAGAACACAGCCCUGCUCUCCCCUAUGGUAUAUACAGGCCCACACAACAAUCUCCCUCCACACUUAUCGCUCUCUGCCCUCCCUCAUUCCCCCUUCUAAAAAAAGUAUGUAGUGAGAACACUGCAGAAUCUGACUCACAAUCUGACAUCUGUGGAACCUCAUUUCCCACCUCUCUGUUCUUCUGUUUCUUCUUGUUCUGAACAAGGUGAGCUGUUCUUUUUUCAGUGCCGAUGGGAGGGGAGGGGGGGGUAGGAGCGUGACUUGGCUCUGUCCUCAGAUUCCCCCAAAAAACACACCUCCUCUCUCACCGUUUCUGUUCCUUGUCUGAGCAGAGAGAGAGAGAGAGAGAGAGAGAGCCGUAGCACUCUUAACUUGUGAUUCAUUGUCCCUGUGACAAUUCAUUUCCACCCUCUGCUACAUUUCUGUCCAUCCCUUCUCUUGUCCCUCUCUCCCUCUCUCUCUAAGAACCGUAAUUACUGGCCACUUAGGCUGAAAGGCCUGAGGAACAAAGGGAGGAGCAGAGAGAGGGGUCGAGAGAGAGAGAUCAAGGAAUGAUUCUGUGUUGUGUCAAUGGUUCUAAAGCGUAGUCAGUCAUUCACAGGGAGAAUGUUAAUGCCUCUUGACCUUUUGGCAGGCAGCCAAAACAUGACAAAGUGAAAACGUCAUUGGCUGGUUGCCACAAUGCAUCUCUCUCAAAGGCUAAACUAUGCCUGCAUUCUCAACUUUUAAAGGCCCAAUGCAGCCAUUGUUAUCUCAAUAACAAAUUAUUUCUGGGUAGCAAUUAAAGGGAUACUUGGGUAUCUAAUAGAUACCCAUAGCAUGCUAGUAGAUACCCAUAGACUUCCAAUCAUUGGCUAACGCUAGUUAGGUUUGGCUCGGGAAACUACAUCUAACUUCCUUCAUACUGGACACAGAGACAUAAAAAUGGUAUCAACAAGUUCAUCUGAUUCUGGGGAAGUAGAUAAAGGGCAUCAUUGCCAACAUCCCGAAGUAUCCUUUUAUGUAUCUGACUGUGAUUGCUUUAAAUUAAAAUGGUCAAAAAGCUUCUUAGCAAGAGCAAUUUCUCAAGCAAGAAUUGAACUAGGACUGUCUGAUGACACAUUUUACAUCUUAUCCAGAGCGACUUACAGGAGCAGUUAGGGUUAAGUGCCUUGCUCGAUGGGGGCACCUUCACCUAGUCGGCUAAGGGAUUUGAACCAGUCACCUUUCUGUUACUGGCCCAACGCUCUUAACGCCUAGGCUACCUGCCGGUACUUACACAAGCAUACACACACUCACACUGCCAUUCGAGCCAUCCCUGAGAUAUAGCUGUUGAAUUUGAGUCCGUAGCGUCACAUAACUAGGUGACACACUCCUGUCUGGGAUGUGGUGGCAGUGAGUGGUAAGGUUCUGGCAAGGGUGUAAAAUGGGUUGGCAGGGGGGUAGGAAGGAUUUAGGUUUUAGCUAGGGUUUUGGUUCCACCAGAGGUGAAGAGGAAGCGUAAACCUGUCACACCUGUUUGCAGCCCACUGUGCUUAUCAGACAGCUUUUCCAGCCCACAGAACACAUGCAGGCUGUCACCAUGCAGGGCAGACCUGGGCACUGAGGGAAGGGAGGGGGGUGUUGGCUAAGGUGGCACAGGGAAAGAGGAGGCUUGUGCUAGGCAUAAGAACUCACCUUGUUCACCCACCCCCAGCUCUCUCAGCUGCUGCCAGUAUGGGAGGGAGCAUGCAUGAAUUGCUCUGAGGUGAGAAGAGGCAGGGAGGUUUGGAGGGAGGGGGAUGAGGGGGGGCAGUAGAGAAGGAGGGCAAGAUUAACAGACUGAUGUGGGAUGGCGGUUUGAAAGCUUCUGCACUCUCCUCCCUCUCUAGAACAGAUACAAGGCAGUGCAGGAGAAUUCUCACUGCAUCUCUCACGAGUGUGAUCAUCUAUAGGCUGUCUAGGGUAAUAAUUACAACAUGGACAUAAGACAUCCUGUACACUGAGAAAGAUUCUGUAUAUUGUACAGUAUAUGUUUAAGAAGACAUGGUUGGAAGGGACACCAGCAAGUGCUAGGUUUGUUUCGUCAUGGUGCUAGUUUGUCUCUGAAAGCCCUUAUCAGGUGACCCCAACACACUGAUAUACAGCUGCACUGCAGAAACAACUCUGUUGCUAGGUGACUCAGCAGCACAAACCAUUACACAUUUUCUGAUUAUUUGACAUUUUACACAGCAGAAUGGAAACUUGAUAUUAUUUGUAACACGUCCUCUCCAUUUGUAACAUCUUCUCUGAUUCAAGAUUACCUUGACUUACAAUGCUUAAUCAUGUAUGAUUCCCUUCUCUCUCACUGUCAGUGAGCUGUGAGUUACAGUCCCUUCAGAAAGUAUUCAUACCCCUUUACGACUUAUUCCACAUUUUGUUGUGUUACAGCCUGAAUUCAAAAUUGAUUAAAUAGAUAUUUUGUCACCCCUCUACACACAAUACCCCAUAAUGACAAAGUGAAAACAUGUUUUUAGAAAUGUUUGCAAAUGUUUUGAAAAUGAAAUACAGAAAUAUCUAAUUUACAUAAGUAUUCACACCCCUCUGCUAUGACACUCCAAAUUGCAUCCAACUUCCUUUGAUCAUCCUUGAGAUGUCACUACAACUUCAUUGGAGUCCACAUGUGGCCAAUUCAAUUGUUUGGAUUGUAUGAAUAUGAAUUGUCUAUAUAAGGUCCCACAUUUGACAGUGCAUGUCAGAGCAGAACUAUACCAUGAAGUCCAAGGAUAAUUUCUAGAGUUUUGAAAGUUUCCAAGGGCACAGUUGUCUCCAUCAUUGGGAAAUUGAAAAAAUAUGGAACCACUGACUGUCUGACCAAACUGAGCAACCGGGCAAGAAGGACCUUGGUCAGGGAGGUGACCAAGAACCCAAUCACCACUCUGAUAGAACUACAGAGUUCCUUGUGUGAGAUGGGAACCUGCCAGAAGGACAACAGUCUCUACAGCACUUCACUAAUCUUGGCUUAAUGGGAGAGUGGCCAGACGGAAGCAACUUCUGAAUAGAAUGUAACAUGACAGCAUGCCUGGAGUUUGCAAAAAGACACGUGAAAGACUCUGAGAUCAUAAGGCAAAAGAUUUGGUGGUCUGACACAAAAAUUCAACUCUUUGACCUGAAUGUAAAGCAGUAUGUCUGGAGAAAACCAGGCAAAGCUCAUCACCCGUCUAACAACAUCCCUACCGUGAAGCAUGGUGGUGGCACCAUCAUGCUAUGGGGAUGUUUUUCAGCACCAGGGACUGGGAGACUGUUAAGGAUAGAGAGAACAAUUAAUGGUUGGAACCUGCUUCAGAGUUCAAACUACCUCAGACUGGGGGGCGAAGAUUUACGUUCCAAUGGAACAAUGACCCCAAGCAUACAGCCAAAGCAACACUGGAAUGGCUUUAGCACAAUAAUGUGAAAGUCCUUGAGUGGCCCAGCCAAAGCCUAGACUUGAAUCCCAUUGAAAAUCAGUGGAAAGACUUGAAGAUUGCUGUUCACGCCACUCCCCAUCUAAUUUAACAGAGCUUGAGAAAAUCUGCAAGGAAGAAUAGAAGAUAAUCCCCAAAUUUAGAUGUGCAAAGCUAAUACAGACAUACCCAAGGUGACUCAAAGCUGUAAUCGCCACCAAAGGUACUUCUACAAAGUAUUGACUCAUGGGUGUGAAUACUUAUGUAAAUUGAUUAUUUCUGUAUUUAAUUUUCAAUAAAUGUGCAAAAAUUUGUAAAAACAUGUUUUCACUUUAUCAUUAUGGGGUAUUGUGUGUAGGGUGAGAGAGAACAUAUAUUUAAUACAUUUUGAAUUCAGGCUGUAACACAACAAAAUGUGUAAUAAGGCAAGGGGGAUGACUACUUUCUGAAGGCACUGUAAAUGUUCCCAGGUAGCCAGCAAAAUAGUCAGCUCUGCUGCCAGAGAGCAGGAGAGAGGGAGAGAAGAGAGACAAAAAAGAAAUAAAAGAGGGGGAGGGAGAGAUGGAGCACAAGAAAACGGAGAGAGAUGAAGGGAGCAGUUGAGAAGUGUGCUUAUGCGUGAUGGUGUCGAUAAUCUCUCCUCGAGUGUGGUGCAGUGUGGAACGGUCCCCGAGGGACGUGAGGUGAGGCCUUUUUUCGGGAGAGAGCACACAGGGACCUUUCCGUUAUCCACUCUGGAUGUGACAUUUACAUUUUAGUCAUUUAGCAGACGCUCUUAUCCAGAGCGACUUACAGUUAGUGAGUGCAUACAUUUACAUUUUAGUCAUUUAGCAGACGCUCUUAUCCAGAGCGACUUACAGGAGCAAUUAGAGUUAAGUGCCUUGCUUAAGGGCACAUCGACAGAUUUUUCACCUAGUCGGCUCAGGGAUUAGAACCAGCAACCUUUCAGUUACUGGCACAACGCUCUUACCCACUAAGCUACCUGCCGCCCACUAAGCUACCUGCAUACAUUGUUUUUGGUUUUUUCAUACUGGUCCCCCGUGGGAAACGAACCCACAACCCUUGCGUUGCAAGCACCAUGCUCUACCAACUGAGCUACACGGGACUGUGGGACAGCACAUACAUUUCAGCUGGAGUGGCUCGCUGCCAUUAUGGCUCUCACUCAUUAGUGGCUGCAGAGUGCCCUGCCUUUUUAUCCAUUACAGCUCUGAAUCAGUCACAGUUGCUCGACCCGCUGUCAUUAGUUAACCUAGUCUGGAGUAACUGUGAGGGGAAAGCCACCUGUUGGCUUUGGCUAAUAUUUAGCCAAGGCUGUUAUAAUAUACAGUGAGUGUACAAAAGAUUAAGAAACCCCCCCCCCCCCCAACUCACAUUUUGCCCUCUGAACAGCCUCAAUUUGUCAGGGCAUUGACUUUACAAGGUUUCUAAAGCAUUCCACUGGGAUGCUGGCCCAUGUUGACUUCAAUGAUUCCCACAGUUGUGUCAAGUUGGCUGGAUGUCCUUUGGGUGGUGGACCAUUCUUGAUACACCCGGGAAACUGUUGAGUGUGAAAAACUCAGCAGUGUUGCAGUUCUUCACACAAACCGGUGCACCUGGCACCUACCACCAUACCCUGUUCAAAGGCACUCUUUUGUCUUGCCCAUUCACCCUCUGAAUGGCACACAUACACAAUCCAUGUCUCAAUUGUCUCAAGGCAUAAAAAUCCUUCUUUAACCUGUCUCCUCCCCUUCAUCUACACUGAUUGAAGUAGAUUUAACAAGUGACAUCAAUAAGGGAUCAUAGCUUUCACCUGGAUUCACCUGGUCAGUCUAUGUCAUGGAAAGAGCAGGUGUCCUUAAUGUUUUGUACACUCAGUGUAUUAUAGACACUUUACAAUGGAGUGUAAUGAGUUGUUUCUACCUGUGUUUGUCAAACCAAACCAUAGCUAUUUAAUUCAAUGAAGACCAUUCUGUCUUUCCUCUUUAUCAGUAUGGCUUUUCAUUCAUGGAUUGAGUCUAAUCAUCACUGUUGUAUUUCAUAAUCCACUUCUAGUGCAUGGCUAUUAAAGUUCACACUAGUUUAAUAGGAUCUCAUUUCCUCCCUGUCUCUUGGAUUACUUGUAUAAUCUCUGAACAUCGUUCUGUCAGAACUGUGACCUAGGCAUCCAACCCACACCCCUCUUUCCACUGUGAAGGAUCCUGUUACAGGAAUCACUAUGAAAAGGGAUGUAGUCCACAGAGUGCGCCAAAACUGCAGUUCACAGCAGACAGCGAAAGGCCCCUCCAUCCUCGUUUUGUCUUUUUUUCAAACACCUACAAGACAAUUUCCCAUUGUCUCCCUCCUUGAAGUGCGACGUUUAAUUUCUUCCCCCAACAUCCCCUCGGUCUUGCUAAAGGACUUGCGUCACACGUCUGCUGCCUGUCUUUAGUACCUAUCAGGACUAAAGGCGAAUGCAGAGAGCUUUAUAGAAAAUAGAUUUCUGCUACUCUUUUAUAAGUCCUUUAGGGGCUCUUAUUUGUUGCGUGUUGUUUUUGAUGAGUCUUGAUUUCAGACUGUAUAGAUCCCCAAAGUGGAGGUGUCAUAAUACCCAUAAAACCUAGCGGUUAAACAGGGAAAUGGUUCCAAUCGUUUUUCAUUUUUCCCAUAGGGGAUUUUAGAAACACUUAAAAUAAGGGCUAUGUUUCGUGUAGGCUUACCCUGGCGUGACGUUUUGAUAACCAUGUAAAUAUCUCUCGGACAAGGUGACUUUUAUCAAUAUAUUCGUCUCUCUUUACUCUCAUAUUCGAAAAUGCUAAUUAGCAUCAAAGUAGACAUCAUGCAAGACUACAAAUCCCUGCAAGCUCCUGCAAGUCAUCUCUAGCUGAAACCUUUGCUAAACGGGUAUUGUGUCAAUUUAAAACUUGCAAGACAGUUCACAGAACUGUCAAUUUAAGGAAAUGUAGCCAAUUUAUUCAUUACUACAUUUAGCUAACAUUAGAUCGUUAAUCCAGAGAUUCUUACCUUUACCUCGAUUCGGCAGUCUCGUCCAGAUCACCUGUUAUUUGUAGUUCUUUAUGAUAGCCACAUUAGCAGCUAAUUAGCGUUUAAAAAAAUUAUGGGUAAAUACAGACGAAUAUAUUGAUAAAAGUCACCUUGUCCCAGAGAGAUUUCCACGGUUAUCAAAACAGCACGCCAGGGUAAGCCUACACAAAAAACAGCCCAUAUUUUAAGUGCUUCUAAAAUCCCCUAUGGGAAAAAUGAAUGGUGGAAAAACGAUUGGGACCAUUUCCCUAUUUAACUGCUCGGUUUUAUGGGUGUUAUGACUCAUACUGUGGUCCUCUAUUGGCCUCAUUGCUAUUCUGCUUAGUGUCCUGUCUUGCAUGCACCUACAGUAAUACAGUACAAUAACAUAAGCAUCAAUGAAUAUGUCAAUAUGUAUGAUGAUUGAGGGUAGAUGCAAGGCUCAUAAUGCAAUCAUCCCCCCAGCCCUCUGUUGUAAUCAUGUGGCCUAUAGCCAAGGACCCUGAUACAGUCUUCCUCCAUUCCUCACUCUCUCUCUCUCUCUCUCUCUCUCUCUCUCUCUCUCUCUCUCUCUCUCUUAUUGUUCCUCCCUCUCUUUCUUGUCUUCCCUUUUCACUCUUUAGCUCUCCUUAUUUCCCUCUCAUUUUCUAUCCCCCCCUCCUCUCUCUCUCUCUUCCCUCCAUCUCGCUUCUCUCCUCUCCCUCUCUCAGUCCGUCUGUCAGAUAUGUAGUUGAGUUAUGAGGAUUUGUGUGAGUGUGUGAAGCGGGACAGAGUGGUUUCUGGCGACUCCGAACAAUGAAUAAUUGGUCUGGACAGCGUUCUGCCACCUUCCAGGGCCCUGCUGUCGUCAUGAUGUCGCACAAACCUUGUCUACAGCCUGUCACCUUCUCCACCCACUCAGGUGUAAUGGAGUUGUCACCUAUGAUCUGAUCUGAAGUCAGCUGUGUGUUUAACCCUCUAAUGGUUCAGGUUAAGAUUGUUGGGAGGGUAAUCCGAUUCUAGAUCUGUGUUCAGGGGGGUAAUUUCAACGUGGCGCAACAACACACCUCAGUCGCAGACACAGACUGCCUUCCUCACUUCCUCCCCCUUCAUGUUUCUCUCUCUCUCUCUCUAUCUUUUUAUUCCCUCUCUAAAUCAAUCUCCUCUUCCUCUCCCCCUGCACUCUCUGCAUUUAGUCGUUUACGGCGAAGGUGGAGAAUAGAAGGAGCGUUGCAUGCUUAAAGCGCCUGAGAUGUUCACAUUUUUUGUGGGCAAUAAAUUGUGUGUACGUCGGGCAGACAACUGCGCCUCUCACUAGCUGUAGUGCUGACAGGGCACAGAGACAGAGACGGGCAUGGAUGCAUGCCAGCCCAGCCAGCUGAGGGACUAGACACAGUCUGAGUCUCACAGUUGCUCUCUCUGAUUUACAGGAGAAACUGUAAUCCAUGGUUCAGUUUUCUUUAUACAGCCAUUACUAACUUUAGCCACUGCUAGCUAAAAAUCUAUUAAAGUGAUGGUGGCAUGUGAGCAUGUUUUUUUUCUUAUGGCCAAAUCACCUUUACGUAACAUCAAAUCAAAUAUGUAAUUGAUUUCAGGUGAUUUUAACAUCAUUUUUCAAAACAUGCUCACAUGCCCCCGUCACUUCCAUAGAUUUGUAGGUAGUGGUGGAUAAAGUUAGCUUAAGUUUGUAAUGGCUGUUUAAAGAAAACUGAACCAUGAAUUACAGUUUCUCCUGGUCCAUAGACUACUUUCAGGGUAAGAAACCAUCUAACAUCAAGUUGUAAAAUAGUGAACUAGUCCUUUAACUGCUGUGCUGGCUGUUUUUUAUGCCUUGUUGCAGAAAAGGGAAGGAUCUCAAGAGAGAAGCCAUGGCAAUAUAAAUGUGUAGGUGUUGAGAUUAGGGUUGCAAAGCCACCGGUAAUUUACCAAAGUUAAUGGAAUUUUGGUAAUUAACAGAAAAUCUAUGUCAAUCUAUCGUAACUUUGGUAAUUUAUACUUGAAUAACUUGAAAAAAAUGAAUUCAUAUAUAUAGUAUUAAUUUAUUAUAUCGGUGUCUAUAUUGUCCAUGAAUUUCUAGUAGAUAGACCAUAUGGUUCAAGAGAAAAUAGCCUAAUUACUGAUAAAAGCAUCUAUUCAACAAUGGCAUUAUUUUCAAUUAACUCUGCAACUCUUCCAACUAUUGACUUUUUUCACAACUGCCACUAGUUUGUUGCGAAAAUAUUGACAACAAAUACAUAUUGACAUAGUACAAUGAAUAAAAAUGAUAUUUCAUGCUGAAACCCUCAUAUUAAACACCAAUGGUAUUCACUAAAUUGAUGGUUUAUAUUUAGGAUAAUGUUUUACAGCUUUGUCAUUCUAUAUAUAUAUUUUUAAAUCAUGUUAUUUAAUUAUUUCAAAUAUUGUACAUGUGAUAAGGUCGCACAGAAGGGCGAGAGAUGAUUACAGACACUUGUGAUAAUCUGAAAUACCCAAAUGGGCCAUUAGAUGUCUUGUGAUAGAUUACAUAAAAUCCUUGAAAGAUACCAAAAUUCUGGUAGUUUACUGUUAAACUUUCAAAGUUUCCAGUAAUAUACUCUCCCUUUGCAACCCUAGUUGAUAGAGUGAGAGUGAGUCUCAGACUUUGAGGAAAUAAUUGAGAUACUGUUCUGACUAUUCUAACUAUGAGGUAUAAAAGAGAGACAAUGAGAGAGGGAAGGAGGAGAGGCAGGCUAGAGGAUGUUAGACUGAGAAGUAUCAUGACCCUAAACAUAAACUUUGAGUUCUCUCCACUUUGGCACAGGGGUUAAAGGGCCUGGGGGACCACGCAGACCUGGUGUCACGAUCGUCUGAAGGAGCGGACCAAUACGCAGCGCGUGGAGUGAACAUGAUGACUUUAUUAAUAAAGCAACCACGAAGAAAACAACAAAUGACGAUACGUGAAGUUCAAAAUACUGAUACAGACUAACAGCAACACAGAAACAAUAACCCACAAAACAAAGGAAAAAACACACAGAAUAUAUAUGGCUCCCAAUCAGAGAUAACGAGCCGAAAGCUGACACUCGUUACCUCCGAUUGGGAGUCAUAGACCAAUCAACAAAACACAAACAAAUGAAACUCACCCAUGCCCAACACCACCAAAUGAGAUACACCCUGGCUCACCUAAUACAAGUCCUAGAGCCAGAGUGUCACAGUACCCCCCCCUAAAGGUGCGAACUCCGGGCGCACCAGCCCACAGUCUAGGGGAGGGUCUGGGUGGGCGUCUGUCCACGGUGGCGGUUCUGCCCCUGGUCGUGGUCCCCACCCCACCACAGUCACAACCUGCUUCGGUAACCUCCUCCCAAUGACCACCCUCCAACUAACCCCACCUGGACUAAGGGGCAACACCGGACUAAGGGGCAGCAUCGGCCUAAGGGGCAGCACCGGCCUAAGGGGCAGCACCGGGAUAAGGGGCAGCACCGGGCUAAGGGGCAGCACCGGGCUGAAUGGCGGAUCCCGGCUGGUCGGCUCUGGCGGAUCCCGGCUGGACGGCUCUGGCGGAUCCCGGCUGGACGGCUCUGGCGGAUCCCGGCUGGACGGCUCUGGCGGAUCCCGGCUGGACGGCUCUGGCGGAUCCCGGCUGGACGGCUCUGGCGGAUCCCGGCUGGACGGCUCUGGCGGAUCCCGGCUGGACGGCUCUGGCGGAUCCCGGCUGGACGGCUCUGGCGGAUCCCGGCUGGACGGCUCUGGCGGAUCCCGGCUGGACGGCUCUGGCGGAUCCCGGCGGGACGGCUCUGGCGGAUCCAGGCUGGACGGCUCUGGCGGAUCCAGGCUGGACGGCUCUGGCGGAUCCAGGCUGGACGGCUCUGGCGGAUCCUGGCUGGACGGCUCUGGCGGAUCCUGGCUGGACGGCUCUGGCGGAUCCUGGCUGGACAGCUCUGGCGGAUCCUUGCUGGACGGCUCUGGCGGAUCCUGGCUAGACGGCUCUGGCGGAUCCUGGCUGGACGGCUCUGGCGGAUCCUGGCUGGACGGCUCUGGAGGAUCCUGGCUGGCUGACGGAUCUGGCUGCUCAUGGCUGGCUGACGGAUCUGGCUGCUCAUGGCUGGCUGACGGGUCUGGCUGCUCAUGGCUGGCUGACGGAUCUGGCUGCUCAUGGCUGGCUGACGGAUCUGGCUGCUCAUGGCUGGCUGACGGAUCUGGCUGCUCAUGGCUGGCUGACGGAUCUGGCUGCUCAUGGCUGGCUGACGGAUCUGGCUGCUCAUGGCUGGUUGACAGAUCUGGCUGCUCAUGGCUGGCUGAUGGUGCUGGCUGGGCGGCUGGCGGUGGAGGCGGACCCCAGCCUCGGAUUGCAGUCAUCACCUCCAGCAGGGCGGCUCCCAUCUGCAGGAGCUGCUCUUUCUGGUCCCGAACCUGAGCUUCCAGUCUAGUAUGGGCUGCGUCGGCUCCUGCUGAUUCCAUAGCAGGUGUAUGAUUCUGUCUGGCGGAAGGCUCUAGCGGCUCCUGCCUGGCGGACGGCUCUGAAGGCUCAUGGCAGACGGGCAGUUCAGGCGCCGUUGGGCAGACGGCCAGUUCAGGCCGGCUGGCGACGCACAUCGUGGACCUGGUGCGUGGAGUAGGAACAGGCCGGUCCGUACCGGGAACACACACCACUGGCCUUAACUGGGGAUCAGGAACGGGCCGGACCGGACUGGUAACACACUUCAGUCUCUCAUGCCGUGCCACAACAACUUCCCUCCUUCUACUCGCCAAUGACUCCCGUACUCCGUUAGCCUUCUCUCCUUUUCUCCCUGUGGCAGCCUCCUGCUGCUCCGUCGACCAAGCCAUGUGCCCCCCCAAAAAAAUUUCUUGGGGUUGCCUCUCUUCCACGGGCUUCCAGCCUCGCCUUCGCGCUGCCUCCUCGUACCACCUCCUCUCGGCUUUGGCUGCCUCCAGCUCUUCACGAGGGCGGUGAUAUUCCUCCGGUUGUGCCCAAGGACCCUUUCCAGCCCGAAUCUCCUCCCAUGUCCAAAAAUCCUUAGGAGGCGUCCAUAACUCCUGUGUAGGUAGGUCCUGUUGCCGCUUGUUACGCUGCUUGGUCCUUUUAUGGUGGGUUAUUCUGUCACGAUCGUCUGAAGGAGCGGACCAAUACGCAGCGCGUGGAGUGAACAUGAUGACUUUAUUAAUAAAGCAACCACGAAGAAAACAACAAAUGACGAUACGUGAAGUUCAAAAUACUGAUACAGACUAACAGAAACAAUAACCCACAAAACAAAGGAAAAAACACACAGAAUAUAUAUGGCUCCCAAUCAGAGAUAACGAGCCGAAAGCUGACACUCGUUACCUCCGAUUGGGAGUCAUAGACCAAUCAACAAAACACAAACAAAUGAAACUCACCCAUGCCCAACACCACCAAAUGAGAUACACCCUGGCUCACCUAAUACAAGUCCUAGAGCCAGAGUGUCACACCUGGGCCUAAAUUUCUCCCCCUCCCACAGGAGGCCUCUCCUGGCUGGGCUACUUUAGUUGAUUACCAUCCCCUGCCUUCCCUCUAAUUAGCAGCAGCCUUCAGUUUGAUGUAAUCAGCCUGAAGUGGGCUUCCAUCUUCUGCUCCUGCAGCGAUCCUGAUUUCUCCUGUUACACUGAUGACUCUAGUCACAACUUAUAAUUAUAGCUCAUGAAGUUAAUAAGCAAACUCUCUAAAACUUCACCGGCUGUAUCCCUACGGAGCAGGGUAAAGGUAAAUUAUAUUUCCUCUCAGUCAAUUGAGGAGAUAAACUGAAAUUCAAAUUCAAAAAUUGUAAUGUGCCAUUCUUGCGUCAUCUUCAUCAUUUCACAUUAAUUCUACUCCUUCCUCCCCUCGUAUUAUCCCCUGUCUGUCCUCUGUAGGCUGGUAGCAGUGCAGAACUGCAGAUAGACACGUCCAUUCUAUAAUGGGUUUAUAAGGUCUGAAGACACUUGAUAAAUGUGGAGCAAUGUGAAUGGCUCUAUCUAUGGCUGGGUGACUGAUUCACUCCUAUUAAAACAAAGACACAUUACACAAACUCAGCAUUCCAAUUAUAUUUCACCCAGGAAAGAACACUCCACAGAUAGGCUCCAGUUAGGAGUCUGAUGUGCUUAUCAUCGAAAUGAAUCUAAUGAAUGGCUUUCUACGCUGUUCGGGGGGAAAAACAUGCGACUUUAUGUUUUUCUAGCAACUCAUUUCACACUUCGUUAACGGACGUUGUUCAUCAUAUCAAAGGGUACAAUGAUAGAAUCAGGUGUUAAUCAUCAACCUAAAUGUAAGCAGCUUUCCUCAGUUAACACAUUCUGCAUGAAACAACAUGAAACACACACACACACACAUCCUACCCGUUUCUCUAAACUCACACCGUUUUGACACAGAGGCAAUUGUCAUACUACAUUGUUAGGCUGAAUACCUGUCCUUCCCAUUCACAUACCCGGUUGAUAUUCAGUACCAGUGAGUAAUUUAGCCAGUCAAAGGUCAGAUCUCCAUUGUGGACAUCUGACAUCCCUAUUCAUCAAUGAUAGCCUGUCUCCCUCUCCCAAUGCUCCCAUAAGGUUUUGGUAUUUGGUAUCUUGGGGUACAGAAAGUUGGUAUCUGGUAUCUGGGGACGGUCGCUCUGUAGCAGUCCCAGGUCUGGAUUUUUUUUACCCAUCCACCUGACAAGACAUGGCAUGAGAUGGUGACCUGAGAGGAGAGGGUUGUUAGAGUCCCCAUGUGGGAUUUAGUGUCUCCUAACCUAACGGGUCAUUUACCCACUCAAGGCUUGAAGGUUGUACCACAGCCAUGUCCAGUCCUGUUUUUUUACGGUUCAUUUUCUGUUGUGUGGUUCAACUCGAGUCUUAUUUCAAGGGUGUUCUUUUUAUUCCUGCUGUUCUGCCAUGAAAUAAAAAGAGAGAGAGACAGUUCUCCCUGUGUGGAAGCCUCCAAGGUCACUGUCUGUAUUCCUCUGUCAGAGUGGGUGAGUUCCUGACGAGGCAGACAGCUUCCAUUUCUCACCGAAUGUCAGGCGGCCUGUUUUUUAAACGCCUGUGAGACGGACAUAAGCAGAGGAAUAUGUUCCCUGUUUUUCAAGUAUUAUCUGAAAGGGUUUUUCUAGCCCUUAUCUUUCUGUCAGUAAUAGGACCUCAGUGAUAUCUGUCAUAUGGAUAGCUUCACCAUGCUGCCCAGCUCUGGGUGAUUGGCAGAUAGGCAGUUCCAGGUUGAUCUGGGAUGAGUUCUGUGCCCCUCCGAGUGCCCAUAUGACAGGUGAUGCCUGUUGGCUGGCAGUUUCAUAGCCACCUCACUGUUCAUUGGCACUGCAGGGCACAGUGAGAGAAACACAACAGAGUUUGUUGAUUGAAGGUGCCUGGGGUGAACCGUACUGUAUGAUGUUGACUGGUGAACUUCUUUUGACCACCUGUCCUAAAUCAAAAAGUACAGUAAAAGUAAUCUGCAAUACGGUCUUCUUUUAAAGGUUGGUUGAAGACAUCGAUCAAAAGCCUUCUGAGUGAACUGACAUGGACAUCUCUAUCAUGUCGUUUGAGAUCUUCUCUGACGCUUCAAAUAUGUUUCUGAUCCAAUUUGUAAAGGCCGGAGAGAAAAUGUGGAUAAAAGAAUUGCUGUGGCCUUUACUUGAAGGGAGGUAAUAAAGGAACUUCAAAAAGGUUGUGUACCGCAGUUGAGGGUGUGGGGGUACGUAGACGACUAAAACACACUACAUUAGCCUCCUGUUGACAAGCUAAUUGCCUGGUGAGAGUGUUAACUCACCCACGUCACGUUCCUCACUAGAUGAGGAACCCAAAAGUGUCUCAGCUUCCCUAAAGGUAUUUAACUAUCUGGUAGCUCACUCUGCCUCUGUGACCAAAUUGGUAUUUGGGGGAUUUGUCUGAUGAGAAGUGGGAAAUAUGGGAAUGGGGGGUGUGAGGCGGAGAUAGGGAUAGGGCCCUGUUGCCUCUCUCUUUGGGGAGAUCCCUGAUGGUGGUGUCCCCUCUGUAGUGAGGAGAGUGUCUCAGUGAGGGGUCUUUGAAGUAGUGCUCUUUCAUUACCAGGACAUAAUCCUUGGUGCUGCUAUUAUAUAUGUAUAUAUCUGUACACUGCUCCGUUCCCAUCCUCCUUCAAUAAACUAUGUUUAGAGGUUUAAAUCUAGACCGUGCGGUGUACGUGUGUUAUAGGUGGUUGUAAUGCUGUAAGUCUUAGUUUGAUACCCAUGUCUGAAAAUGCUGUACUGAACAGAAAUAUAAACGCAACAUGCAACAAUUUUAAAGAUUGUACUGAGUUACAGUUAAUAUAAGGAAAUCAGUCAAUUUAAAUACAUUCAUUAGGCCCUAAUCUAUGGAUUUCACAUGACUGGGCAGGGGUGCAGUCAUGGGUGGGCCUUGGAGGGCAUAGGCCCACCCACUUGGCAGCCAGGCCCACCCACAAUUAGUUUUUCCCCACAAAAGGGCUUUAUUACAGACAGAAAUACUCCUCAGCAUCCCCCCCGACCCCCCUAAGAUGAUCCCGCAAGGUGAAGAAGCCUGAUGUGGGGCGUGGUUACACGUGGUCUGCGGUUGUGAGGCCGGUUGGACGUACUGCCAAAUUUUCUAAAACAACGUUGGAGGCAUCUUAUGGUAGAGAAAUUAACAUUCAAUUUUCUGGCAACAGCUCUGGUGGACAUUCCUGCAGUCAGCAUGCCAAUUGCAUGCUCCCUCAAAACUUGAGACAUCUGUGGCAUUGUGUUGUGUGACAAAACUGCACAUUUUAAAGUGGCCGUUUAUUGUCCCCAGCACAAGGUGCACCUGUGUAAUAAUCAUGCUGUUUAAUCAGCUUCUUGAUAUGCCAUACCUGUCAGGUGGAUGUAGUAUCUUGGCAAAUGAGAAAUGCUCACUAACAGGGAUGUAAUGUAAUGUAAACAAAUCUGUGCACAAUAUUUGAGAGAAAUAAGCUUUUUGUGUGUAUGGAAAAUGUCUGGGAUUUUUUAUUUUAGCUCAUGAACCGUGGGACCAACACUUUACAUGUUGCGUUUAUAUUUUUGUUCAGUGUAUAUUACCAGAUGUACCAAUCAUAAAACAUGUCAGAGGAAUAACAUACGUUGUUUGUGUUAACCUUGUCUCAACCCUGUGAGUGCAGCUGUCCAUAUGUGCAUGGAGUGAAUUCAACAGUGGUCAAUCUCAGAUUACAUCCUACCCACUGGGCACAGACGUCAGUUCAACUACUGAGUUGUCAACUAACGUGAACUCAAUGUGAAAUCAACAAAACAUUUCACUAUGUCAUUGGAUUUAGGUUAAAAGUUGGGUGAAAAAAAGACUAAAUGCCCUUACGUUGAUGACUUUUUGCAAAUCCAAUUAGUUUUCCACGUUGAUUCAAUGUCAUCACAUUGAUUUUGGGGAUUGAAAUGACUUGGAAAUAAUAUUGAUUCAACCAGUUUUUGCCAAGUGGGUAUUCUGCACUACUUUUGGAUAUACUGUAGGUAGUGCAUUAUAUGGAGAAUAGGCCUUGGCCAAAAGUGAAUGAGAUGUCAGAGGUCUCUAGCCAAAAGUACUGCACAAUAUGGAAUAGGGUGUACUUUGAGACACACCCAGUGAAUUAUGUGGACAGUGCUGCCCAGUGCCACCCUACUGCAUGGCAGUCUGGCCAAAAGACUGUGACCAGAGCUUGGUAACAAAACAGACCACAACCCUCUGGGCCAAAACAUGCUCUGUCCAGAAGACUUGAUUUAUCUUUAUGAUCAUCAACAUAGCACUUCAAUCAAGUCAAGGCACUUGUGAAAAGUCAAGUAACUUCAAUUACAAAGGACAUGACAGCGGUAUCCUUGAGAUGUCCAGGCUGCUUAUAGCUUAUGUAUUCACAGUGUGACAGAAACUGUUGCAAACCUAUUCAGAACACCAGGGCAUCUUGAAUUAUUCAACUUGAUAUAGUGUUGGGCUCUUUCUCUCUCUCUCUCUCUCUCUCUCUCUCUCCUCUCUCUCUCUCUCUCUCUCUCUCUCUCUCUCUCUCUCUCUCUCUCUCUCUCUCUCUCUCUAGCACUCUCUCUAUAUAUACUGUUUAUUUAUCCCUCUCUGCCUCUGUUUCGCUCUAUCUGUCUCUUUCCCUCAAUAUACCAUUCGCAAGUUCAGUGAGUGCAGAAGGCAGGGCUACUGUUCUGUCGUCAGUUUGUCCAUAGAGCAGCCUGCUGCGAUAGAGCGCUGGAGAAGUUGAGACGCCGCUGUGGCAGGGAGCUUAUUUGCAUGUGUGUGAGCGUUUAGUUGAAUGGACUGGAAAGCAGAUAUAUGUGCGAGGCUGACUUGUGCGGACGAUAAAAACGGGCAGAGAGAAAUACACAUUCACAUUCUCUCGCCAAUCACUCUGUGAGCCUGUGCGUGCAUGCGCUGAACGGUAGAAGAGACGUUUGACAUCUGUACCGGGAGAGAAGAGAGGAGCGGCGAUCUGGGAACGUGUCUUUUUUUUACUGAGCCUCGGGAGGACUCAAGGGUUGGGCUCCGCGGCGGAUACACAUAGAGCAAUGACUGGACUGGCAUACGCUCUCAACAAUCUACCGGCUUUCUGUAAUAUCUCCGGAUAGCGGAUAAUAUCCUCACCGUCUCCCAAGUGUACUGACAAAUAAAGAUCCAAUUGUUGUCUGGUAUUGACUUUAAGAUGUCUUGAGACAAGAGAUCUUACAGAGAAAAUGACAGUAAGUAUUGGUGCUACGUUUGUCGUUAUGACUAUGCAACCCAUAGACUGGGCUAUUUGCAUUACCUUCUUUUAUGUCUUCUGUAGGUCAUCGGUCAUAAUAUAUUUAUUUAGAAUAGGCUGUUUUCUGUCAUUCAGACAUUUUACUAUAGGGCGUUUGCAGGUUAGUAGGCUAUCAUUAUUACUGUGUGUGCCUGGGCUGGUUUAUUAUAGGAAAUAGGCUCUUAUUCAAAGCCUAUAACAGCCUAACCAUGGAGGGGUAAACCUUUUAUAUUGAUAUGUAGUGCGGUGUGGUCUAUUGAUAGGAACCCUGUCAUCAGUGUGGUGUUGUUAUUUGGGUUGUCAUCUGCGGUGUGAAAUUGGAUGGUUCUGUCAUCGCUGUUGCUGAGGAUAUUAGGUUUUCCCGUGACUUUUUUUUAGGAACAUUACAUCAUUUGAGGAUGAAUGACUCUGCAUAUGGCUAUAUGCACUCUAUCUGUUUAUGAAGUUGAUACAGUAUUUACCUGCAUUAAAGGUUUGUAUUAAUUGGCAUCGACUGAACACACUUUACCACAGCGGGUAGGCUAUUGCACAGAGCAGAGGUUUGGGUAGCCUAAAUGACACCCUGAUGUUGGGAGAACAGGCAUGGGCGUUAAAUGUAUUGCCCACUUAGACUAAUAAGCAAGUGCAAAACUGGUGUUGUAGCUUAUUCAAAAUUACAUAAAAAUGACAGGGGUUUAUUAUUGUGGCCAGUGUCCCCUCCAAGACACGAAUUAAACCCAAAACACCCGCCUCGCUGUCGGGGUGGGGUUCCGCGCAGCUGUCAAUUUGCAUGUAUUGUAUGGCCAAAUCCACCCAGUGUAGGCUGCGAGGUUAAUCGGAGAGAGGAUCAACCAAAGCGGGCCCCACCGCUCCCCCGCCCGGCUGUCUUGACGGGAUUUCUCUCCUUCUGAAUCACUUUAAAUAAUAAGGCCACACAUUUUACACGGACUCAAACGAACCGACGCAAAAAAAUAAUAUUAAUAUGAUAAUACAGGAACUGGAAGUGUUUGAUAGGCCUAGAGCUGUUAUUAUUAUACAGGCUACGCUACACUCUUUCCCACCAAUGGAGCCGUUGCCCUUUUAACGACUCACAGGUUGAGAUUUAAAACGGAUUCCCACGGCUUCCCCACUAUAGGCUACGGUGGUAGCCUGCUUUAAUGGCUGGAGAUUAAAGGAAACACGCCAUAUAUAGCUUCUUAGUUACAAUGUACAGAAUAGGCUAAUAUAAAUCGUCCUUGAAUAAUCUUGGAAUGGCAGGCAGAAUUUCGAAUAUCAGCGUCCGGAUGGAACACUGAAAGUUUUUGAUGAGCAUUUUGGUAAGGUUUGCUACAUUAUACCCAUAUUGUAAAGAACGCGCACCACUCUUUGAACGUCUGCGCAUGGAUUCGUGACCUCAUGUAGGCGAUAUGUCGCAUGUAGGCUACACAACAUUCGAUCUCGAAUCUUAAUCAUAAACGUGACUGGACUUGGGGAUAUGGGGGAGGUGCAGGAUGCACCCCUCCUAUACGUCAACUACCCUACUAUGACAUUGACACUAGGUGCGAGCUAUGAACCGGUGUGUCAACCGCCUUUUCAGAUGUUGUCCUUAUUAAAAUAGUCCACAUUUACAAUAUAAAAUCAAUGUAACGAAACAUUGCCAUUUUGCGAGAGUGCGAGUUAUAGUGAGCCAGCUGCUCGACUGUUGCCAGCCUGACCCCCUCCAGAUUAUACUGGUUUGUCUGGGUCUGGGAGAAUAAAUUAAAUAGCAGUCCCGGUGGAUGGAGGGAGAGGGUGUCAGAAUGAAAAAUAAUAAUCUAUCAAUCAAGGAUCUUUGCUAUAAAGAGCUUGUAUGGUUAUUGCCUAGAAUGUGCAAAUAAUUAUAAAGAUACAGAAAUUGUAUUUAAAUCCAAGUCCCUGGAUGGAACAAUGGUCCAUGUUCCAUAAAAAAAAAAGUUUCUUAAUUCUGAAUGAAGUUGUGUUCUGUAUAGUUGCACUGCCUCAAUAAAUUGAACAUCUAAGGAGUUGAGUCACAGCUUUGAAUCACUGGGUAGACUAAUUCAGCUGGCGACUAACAUCACAAUGAUGACACAGACAUAAAGUUAGGUGUGAUGUGUAUGGAUGUGGUGCUGUUAUCAUUUCAUCUGCAGGUCUGCAUAUAAACUGCAUAUUAACCGUUAUUACGUAGUUAUAAGCAGACCUUAAAGAUGAACUAGUGGAUACCAUUUUUAUGUGUCCAGUAUGAAGGAAGUUAGAGGUAGUUUCGCGAGUCAACGCUAACUAGCUUUAGCGCAAUGAUUGGAAGUCUAUGGGUGUCUGCUAGCACGCUAAGUAUCCCUUUAAGAUAAGUCUUACCAAAUGUGGUUGGGGGGGUAAAGUGUUACUGGUGAGGUGCUUGUCUAUGUUGGUGGUUGUAUUGAUUGUUUUUAAUGUCAGGGUUUGCCAAUUUUUAUUAAAAUGUAUGACAAUCAUUUAAUCAAGACUUUGUGAACCCCCGUCUUUGGUGUAUUUAAAAAUUAACAGGCCACAAGAAAAAAAAUCCUCAUGAAGGACAAUAAACAUCAUCAAUUAAUCAGUCUUAGUGUGUUGGAUGCAUAACAAUACGUUUUUCUGGUUGUGACUCUGAAUAAGCUGCUGCUGCUUGUUUUUCAUUAACUUUUAAAAGUGAUGCCAGGCACUAUGUUAAUGCAGCCGAUUAAAAAAAGAGGUGAAAACACUCAAAGAGGUUCAGGUCACGCUGAGAUUUGUGGAGGUCCAUAAACAAGGCAGGCAUUUUCAUUAAGUUGGUAAUCAAUCAGACAGUGAUUGCUCUGGCACUGGACAACACACACUGUGGCCUCACACUGCAGACAGUCAAGGUUAGACAGCCACCCUGGACUCAUCUGUUUAAGUCACUCACAGCCACUGCAAUGUACAGUUGAAGUCGGAAGUUUACAUACACUUAGGUUGGAGUCAUUAAAACUCGUUUUUCAACCACUCCACACAUUUCUUGUUAACAGACUAUAGUUUUGGCAAGUCGGUUAGGACAUCUACUUUGUGCAUGACACAAGUAAUUUUUCCAACAAUUGUUUACAGACAGAUUAUUUCACUUAUAAUUCACUGUAUCACAAUUCCAGUGGGUCAGAAGUUUACAUACACUAAGUUGACUGUGCCUUUAAACAGCAUGGAAAAUUCCAGAAAAUGAUGUCAUGGCUUUAGAAGCUUCUGAUAGGCUAAUUGACAUAAUUUGAGUCAAUUGGAGGUGUACCUGUGGAUGUAUUUCAAGGCCUACCUUCAAACUCAGUGCCUCUUUGCUGAUAUCAUGGGAAAAUCAAAAGAAAUCAGCCAAGACCUCAGAAAAAAAAUUGUAGACCUCCACAAGUCUGGAAUUUCAAACGCCUGAAGGUACCACGUUCAUCUGUACAAACAAUAGUAUGCAAGUAUAAACACCAUGGGACCAUGCAGCCGUCAUACCGCUCAGGAAGGAGACGCGUUCUGUAGAGAUGAACGUACUUUGGUGCAAAAAGUGCAAAUCAAUCCCAGAACAACAGCAAAGGACCUUGUGAAGAUGCUGGAGGAAACAGGUACAAAAGUAUCUAUAUCCACAGUAAAACGAGUCCUAUAUCUACAUAACCUGAAAGGCCGCUCAGCAAGGAAGAAGCCGCUGCUCCAAAACAGCCAUAAAAAAGCCAGACUACGGUUUGCAGCUGCACAUGGGGACAAAGAUCUUACUUUUUGGAGAAAUGUCCUCUGGUCUGAUGAAACAAAAAUAGAACUGUUUGGCCAUAAUGACCAUCGUUAUGUUUGGAGGAAAAAGGGGCAGGCUUGCAAGCCGAAGAACACCAUCCCAACCGUGAAGAACGGGGGUGGUAGCAUCAUGAUGUGGGGGUGCUUUGCUGCAGGAGGGACUGGUGCACUUCACAAAAUAGAUGGCAUCAUGAGGAAGGAAUAUUAUGUGGAUAUAUUGAAGCAACCUCUCAAGACAUCAGUCAGGAAGUUAAAGCUUGGUUGCAAAUGGGUCUUCCAAAUGGACAAUGACCCCAAGCAUACUUCCAAAGUUGUGGCAAAAUGCCUUAAGGACAACAAAGUCAUGGUAUUGGAGUGGCCAUCACAAAGCCCUGACCUCAAUCCUAUAGAACAUUUGUGGGCAGAACUGAAAAAGCGUGUGCGAGCAAGGAGGCCUACAAACCUGACUCAGUUACACCAGCUCUGUUAGGAGGAAUGGGCCAAAAUUCACCCAACUUAUUGUGGGAUGCUUGUGGAAGGCUACCCGAAGCGUUUGACCCAAGUUAAACAGUUUAAAGGCAAUGCUACCAAAUACUAAUUGAGUGUAUGUGAACUUCUGACCCACUGGGAAUGUGAUGAACUAAAUAAAAGCUGAAAUAAAUCAUUCUCUCUACUAUUAUUCUGACAUUUCUUAUUCUUAAAAUAAAGUGGUGAUCCUAACUGACCUAAGACAGGGAUUGUUUACUAGGAUUAAAUGUCAGGAAUUGUGAAAAACUGAGUUUAAAUGUAUUUGGCUAAGGUGUGUGUAAACUUCCAACUUCAACUGUAUGUUAUAUAUAGAGCCAUGGCACAAUGGCAGCCAGUGUCAUUCAUCUCUGGACGAUUGGAGAAAGAGAUUGGUAUUCCUUACAUUUACCAUUAUUGUUGGGAUGACUUUGCCAAAGACACAGAUAAGGAAAUACAUUGUGACAGCAUCUGCCUCUGAUUUAACAAUCUGAAAUGGGAAACUUUGAGAAGAUGUGUGUAAUGUGUGAUGAUAGGAGAAAUCACAGCUCUCUCUCUCUCUCUCUCUCUCUCUGGCUCAGCUGUUACAAUGCAAACCUUAGAUAUGAACAAACAGAAGGAGGAGAGAGUCAGUCUGGGAGUAUAGGAGAGGUUGUCUCAGUGAGGAGAGGAGAGAGUGCGUCUGGUAGGAGAGGAGAGGUUGUCUCAGGGAGGAGAGGAGAGAGUGCGUCAGAGAGGGACUGAAACGGUGCCAAGGAAAUGAAUGUAGAGGAAGGAAGUUCUACCGGGGAAGGAAGUGUUCUGUGGUUGUUGGUCUCAAACCACAACAGUAAUCUCUGUGUGCACACUUCCCUAAAUUCUCUGUUUGUGUGUCUCUCUUCCUCUCCCCCCCCCCUCCCUCUCUCUCUUUCAACCUCUAUCUUUAUCUCACCAUCAUAAUUUCUCUUUUCACCUCUCAUUAUUUCUUACCUCUAUUUAUAUCUAUUUUUCUCCAUUCCUCCUCGCUCCCUCCUUUCUCUCCAUCCCUCUUUCUCUCUCCGCUGCAGGACUACCGGGAGGAUGGCAUGGACUUGGGGAGCGACGCCUCCAGUCGCUCCAGCUCCGAGUCCAACUCCAACAAGGUGACGCCCUGUUCUCCCUCCUUAGACCUGGCAUGCCUGGAGGACUACAAGUCCUCCCCAUCACUGGAACUGGCAACCUUAGAAGGGGACUACAAAUCCUCUCCCUACCUGAAUCUGGCAACCCUGGAGGAUGAGGACUAUGAGGAGGAUGAGGACUACCAGGAGUACAAGAAGAAGGUGAUCGAGGAGUGGAAGAGCGAGUACGGGGACGACUACAGCUCCCAGCAGCCCCCUGGCCAGGAGGAGGGUGGAGUUGUGGGGGGGAUAGGUGCACCAGGCGGAGGCUUCAGGAAGCCAGUGAACAGCCGCAGCCUGGCCGAGGAGUUCCAGGAUGUGAAGCCUCCACCCCUUCCUACUCACAGUGGACACACAGCCACCUUCGCUGCUGCCGUGCCUGAGGAACUGAAACAGAAUGGCAACCUGAUUCUGCCCCAUUCCCCUACCAGGCCCCUACCCAGGGGCACGGGGGCCACCAAGCCCAGCCACAGGCGCUCCAGCCGGGGCAGAGGUGGCGUUGGAGGAGGUGGUGGUGGUGGAGGAGGAGGGGGAAUAGGAGGACGGAUGGGUGGAUACAGAGAGGAGGAGAUUGUGGAGGAAGAGUCCCUGCCCACCAUGGACUGGGCAGCUCUGGAGAGACACCUGGCGGGGCUGCAGAGCAGAGAGCUGGAGAACCAGAACCUCAAUCACAACCACAGCCUGGGAAAGACCGCCUACACCUCAGUGAGUGGAGACUUUACUCAUCUGUGUGCAUGUGCGUGCGUGCGUGUGUAUGUAUGCAGGCGUGUGUGUGUGUGUGUGUGUGUGUGUGCAAUUUCUGUGACUUGGUGUUGGAUGGUGUAGGAUGAAGCAUGGAAGCAUGUCAGUUGUGAGGAUGUCAGUCAUGGUGGGACAAAUCAAGCAAGAUAUUGUAUGAAGUCGUGCAUGAAGAUCCCUCAUACACGGAAAGAGGUUGUGGGUCACUAGGCCUGUGCUAUUGUUGUUUUCGCAGAUAAUAUUUAUAUGGGCAAUAAUUGCAACAGCACAAUAUAUCUCCGGACUCCAGGUUCUAAAAGACUCCCACCCCUGCUGUGUGUGUGUGGGUUGUUGAACACGUUCACUGCCAUGUUUUCCUGCUUUCUCUGUGAUCUCUGAGGAUUGUGUCAUGCGGUAAUCCGACAGUUAUCUGUGUCAGGUGGACUUGGGGAAUAUUAUGUGUGUGUGCAUGUGUGUGCAGGAAUUCUGGAAUAAGGAGAGAUUAGUGGGGUAAUGUGGCACUAAGCUAUGUGCUGCAGCCUGACUCCUGACUCCUGAUAGCUGGAGGAGCAUGGAAAAGCACUGCAGGGCUGGGCAGCUCCAGUCUGGGAGGGACCAGCACUAACACAGCUAAAUUGAACACACUGAUUAGUUGAUACGUUUAAUAAUAUAAUAAUAUGCCAUUUAGCAGACGCUUUUAUCCAAAGCGACUUACAGUCAUAUGUGCAUACAUUUUUACGUAUGGGUGGUCCCGGGGAUCGAACCCACUACCCUGGCGUUACAAGCGCCAUGCUCUACCAAUUGAGCUACAGAGGACCACAAUCAGGUGUGUUAGAUCUGGGCUGGAGCAAAAUAAAACCCUGGAGCCCCUGUUGUCCUCCCCUGGUCUAAGGCCUGUGAGUAUGUGGAGGUGGCAGGAAACAAGACAUGACUAUUAGAUGGAUAUUUUGUAUUGGUGAUUUUGAGUUUCGCCCAGCAGAGGAUGCUGUUGCAGUGUCAUAUGACUCGCCGCUGCAGGAUUUCAGAUCCACAAGCUACAUCCAGGUCUGGCACUGGCAGGUUGACAGGCUGCAUAUUGGAGUUGUUUUUUACAUGAUUUCAACCAGGCAUAGAGAAUGUUCCUUCGGAUUAAUGUUUUAUAGUUGAUUGUCAGCUUUUGGGUAGGUGUGAAGAGCGCUGAAGCUAUGUGGUUAUAGAGGAUGCUGGAAUCUUGUCAAAUCUGACACACACUGUUUGUUGCCUAUUGAGGUCAGCACUUUUGAGUCACUCUUGUUUAAAUUUGUGUGUGCUUGAGUUUGUCUAUUUGUCUGUUGUGUGUGUGUGUGUGUGUGUGUGUGUGUGUGUGUGUGUGUGUGUGUGUUAGUGUGUGUGUGUGUGGUCUGAGAGAGAUGAGGAGAGCAGUGGGGCUAUCUCCUUUGGCAUGCUUACACCCAAGCCCCUCCUCUCAGUCCUGACAGACAAUAGCUGCUGCUGCUUUGUUGUGUAACUGUCCUGGAGGCCUUUAUCUCCCUAAGGCAUGUCUGGAAUGUGGGAAGGUGGGAGGGAGAGGGGGAUGAUAGAGCGGGAGAAAGGGUGAGAGAUGGUAUCUCCAGUACCAUGCUGUAUCUACAGUAUGGGUCAUCCGCUUGCGUCAAUAUUCAUUACCUGUGUCCUCUGUGAAGCAGGAAGGUCAGCUCAUGGUAUUCUACAGGCCUUCUAUGGGGGAAGUCUGCCUCCCUCCACCUAACUCUCUCUCUCUCUGGGAUAAGGGUCUGAGCAGGGGUAAGAAUGCCAUAGUACUGAGAGGAUAGUAGUGGUUGUAGUUAUAGAUGGCACACACACACACACGCACACACACACACACACACACACACACACACACACACACACACACACACACAUAUACACACACACACACACACACACACACACAUACACACACACACACACACAUACACACAGUACCAGUCAAAACCAGUUUGGACACACCUACUCAUUCCAGGGUUUUUCUUUAUUUUUACUAUGUUUUACAUUGUAGGAUAAUAGUGAAGACAUCAGAACUAUGAAAUAACACAUAUGGAAUCAUGUAGUAACCAAAAAAGUGUUAAACAAAUCAAAAUAUAUUUUAUAUUUGAGAUUCUUCAAAGUAGCCACCCUUUGCCUUGAUGACAGCUUUGCACACUCUUGGUAUUCUCUCAACCAGCUUCAUGAGGUAGUCACCUGGAAUGCAUUUCAAUUAACAGGUGUGCCUUGUUAAAAGUUCAUUUGUGGAAUUUCUUUCCUUCUUAAUGUGUUUCAGCCAAUCAGUUGUGUUGUGACAAGGUAGGGGUGGUAUACAGAAGAUAGCCUUAUUUGGUAAAAGACUAAGUCUAUAUUAUGACAAGAACAGCUCAAAUAAGCAAAGAGAAUUGACAGUCCAUCAUUACUUUAAGACAUGAAGGUCAGUCAAUCCGGAAAAUGUCAAGAACUUUGAAAGUUUCUUCAAGUACAGUUGCAAAAACCAUCAAGCGCUAUGAUGAAACUGGCUCUCACGAGGACCGCCACAGGAAAGGAAGACCCAGAGUUACCUCUGCUGCAGAGGAUAAAUUCAUUAGAGUUACCAGCCUCAGAAAUUGCAGCCCAAAUAAAUGCUUCACAGAGUUCAAGUAACAGACACAUCUCAACAUCAACUGUUCAGAGGAGACUGCGUGAAUCAAGCCUUCAUGGUAAAAUUGCUGCAAAGAAGCCACUACUAAAGGACACCAAUAAGAAGAAGAGACUUGCUUGGGCCAAGCAACACGAUUAGUGGACAUUAGACCGGUGGAAAUCUGUCCUUUGGUCUGAUGAGUCCAAAUUUGAGAAUUUUGGUUCCAACCGCCGUGUCUUUGUGAGACGCAUAGUAGGUGAACGGAUGAUCUCCGCAUGUGUGGUUCCCACCGUGAACCAUGGAGGAGGAGGUGUGAUGGUGUGGGGGUGCUUUGCUGGUGACACUGUCAGUGAUUUAUUUAGAAUUCAAGGCACACUUAACCAGCAUGGCUACCACAGAAUUCUGCAGCGAUGCGCCAUCCCAUCUGGUUUGCGCUUAGUGGGACUAUCAUUUGUUUUUCAACAGGACAAUGACCCAACACACCUCGAGGCUGUGUAAGGGCUAUUUGACCAAGAAAGAGAGUGAUGGAGUGCUGCAUCAGAUUAACUGGCCUCCACAAUCACCCGACUUCACCCCAAUUGAGAUGGUUUGGGAUGAGUUGGACAGCAGAGUGAAGGAAAAGCAGCCAACAAUUGCUCAACAUAUGUGGGAACUCCUUCAAGACUGUUGGAAAAGCAUUCCAGGUGAAGCUGGUUGAGAGAAUGCCAAGGGUGUGCAAAGCUGUCAUCAGGGAAAAGGUGGCUACUUUGAAGAUAGUAGAAAAUAGUAAAAAUAAAGAAAAACCCUUGAAUGAGUAGGUGUGUCCUAACCUUUGACUGUUACUGGACAUGUACACACACUUGGUUUGUAUAAGGUUUAGUGACACAGGGCCUACUGGUAACACCUACAGUUUCCGGACCUUCUCCCUAGACUUAGUAGCCUAGGCUUUGGAAUUGAGAUGUCUCUGCGUAGAUAAGGAACAGGAAAUAGCUGUGUAAUCCUGACUGAGCUUGGAGGAGAGAUAUCAGAGCAGAGACGAGGGUUGGACUGAAACAAGCUUAUUUCCUGUAUGAAUUCCAAUAUCCGGAGCACUUCUGCUAUUUCCCAAUAUGGGAAUGUCAUUGGGAUACACAGAUUCAGGAUACUGUGAGAGGAUGAAGACAUCAUGUCUUUAUUGAGGAUGGGAGUGCCUGGUGGGAGAGGAGAGGAGGGGGCUUCUAACAUGUUGUUACAUUUUUAGACAUCCACUCAGGCAAACCACCAGCCAGAUGGAGGAGGAGAAGGGUGGGGGAGGCUAGCAUGGAUGGGUUUGGGGUCCUCUGAGAGAGCUUCAGAAGAUCCUCCAAAACAGCUGGGCUUUUAAGAGGGCUGGAGGUAGGGUGUAUACUUUAUUAAUGCAGACAGACAAUAUGCAUUUUGAUGUGUUAUCUACAGUUUGCCACAUCUACAUAUGCCAGCUACUUGUACUUAACCUCAGCUACGAUAGUAAGGCCAGACCCUGGGCCAGUCACAUACACACAUCAGUCCCUUAAGUGUGUCCGCUUCCUGCUAGCUGGCCUGACAUUGCCAUGGCAACCGUCUCCACAGUGUUUACCGGCUGGGAGAGGAAGUGUUUAUUAAUGUGGCUGGCUGUGUGUGCUGCUACAGUAUGGCCACCGUUCAGUCUGCCAGCCUGCCUUCCUGCUGCCUGCUGCCCAUACACCACAGAGCCAGUCAGUCUGUUUCUGUGUGACUCUGUGCUAUUGGAACCAUGAACCACUGUGGUUAGCAGGUGUGUUUAGUUAGGGGAGACCAGGGGUGUGGUUUCCACUCUAAUAUCUCCCUCCUCCCUCUGGAUCUUGGUUAGGAAAGAGGAAGGGGAAAUAAUUUGGGGAGAGGAGGUCGAGGCGUGAGGUGACCCUCACAUAAUGAAGGCCUAACAUGGUCUGGAGGCACGUGGCAUUUAGGGGCCCCCACCCAUCCACUCCCCCCAAACCAAAACAAUAAUGUUAUCCUUCAUAACCAGGGCCGAGGUGAAAGAGUCAGAGAAGGCCUGUGUGCUUCAGAAGCUGUAA